CGACCCGGAUUACCCAUACCUUCUCUCUCUAAACUUAUUGUUCAUUCGAUUUCGAUAUACACAGAAAUCGGACCUGCUUGAGUCAUUCCAUGUAAAACUUUGAAACCAUAAACCCAAAACCGUUUACUCACACCAUCCCACCUCCUCAGCAAAUUAAAAUCUGGUACAUAUCCCAAAAUUAAUUUUCUCAAAAAAAUAUAAAUACCCAUUUUUAUUACACAACACACAUAGAUAAAGUCCCAUCACCUCCAUACCCCCAAACCAAAAAUAAAGUUGUUCUUCGGUGCACAGGUACACAAUUUCUUCAUUACACACAAUACAUAUGACAGCUGAGUCGAUUUGACUGAUUAUGUUAGAAACUUUAUACCUUUUGAAGAUCUAGGCCAAGACCAUGGAAGUGUUGCCUUCUUCUAAUGUUCAACGUGGUGGAGAAUCUGGUUUCCCUCAACAAGAAUCAGUAAAAACUUAUAUUUUUGAUGAAAAUACAAACUGCACUGGCCGUACUGAAGUUCAAGUAAUGGAUGUUCAGGUGAACGAUUUGACACUUAAUGGAGAAGGUUCUCAUUUUGAACAGGGUGGGGAUAAAUGGACAAUUGCUGAAUCUUCUACAUCAGAAGGGCAUGAUAAUGAUGAUUCGUUUUUUGAAUUUGAGAUGGAUGGACAAAAUUCAGAGGAUCAGUAUACGAGAGGUAGCCUGGCCUCUGAGAACUCUCAGCUAUAUGUGGAAACUAUCGUUAGUGAAUUUCCAAGUACUGGCAGGGAAGAGGCCCCCUGGCCGGAAGAAGUUAAGUGGCCAGAACCGGAGGAAGCCAUGGCAGUAUGGGUGAAGUGGAGGGGAAUGUGGCAAGCUGGAAUUCAGUGUGCACGGGCUGACUGGCCAUUAGCAACUUUGAAAGCGAAGCCGACUCAUGAUCGGAAAAAGUAUAUUGUUGUAUUUUUUCCUCGUAGAAGAAAUUAUUCUUGGGCAGACGUGCUUCUUGUCCGUCCUAUAAAUGAAUUUCCAGAGCCCAUACCGUAUAGGACUCACAAAGUUGGCGCAAAGAUGGUCAGAGAUCUAACAAUUGCCCGUAGGUUUAUCAUACAAAAGCUUGCUGUUGGUAUAUUAAAUAUCAUUGAUCAGUUGCAUAGUGAGGCUCUACUAGAAACUGCUCGCAAUGUGGUGAUCUGGAAGGAAUUUGCGAUGGAGGCUUCCCACUGUAAAGACUACUCUGAUAUUGGAAGGCUUCUUUUGAAACUACAGAGUAUGAUAGCACAAUUCUGCUUUGAUUCUUCGUGGCUACAUCAUUCUUUGGAAUCCUGGAAACAUAGAUGCAAGAACGCAAAUAGUGCAGAAUAUGUUGAAAUGCUGAAAGAGGAGUUAGUUGAUUCAAUCCUCUGGAACGAAAUAAAUUCGUUUACCAAUGGAUCUGUGCAGAGUGAGUUGAACUUCGAGUGGAAGACCUGGAAACAGGAGAUGAUGAAAUCUUUUUCAAUGUCUCAUCCCAUUGCCAAUGGGAGGGAUGUGGUACAGCCUUCUGAUGUCAGUCAGUUAGGGGUUGAGCUUCAGAUAAGCAGCAAGAGGCCCAAGCUGGUUGUUCGUCGUGCUGAGGCACAUACCUCACAUGUGGAAACCCAAUGUCCAAUUCAGUCUCUGAACACUGAGAUUGACACUGGAUUUAUGUACUGUAGAAAUAUUGUGGAUCCUGAUACCUCAGAAAUGAAACACACAGGAGCUGAGGCUCCACCAAUGGGAGCAGAUAGGUGGGGUGAGAUUGUUAUUGAAGCCGGAAGUACAGAGAUUAUUCAGACCAAGGAUGUAAACCUUACCCCUGUGAAUGGAGUGGCUACUAGACCUUUUAAUGCUUCAAGUAAGAGUAACCAGUGUGCAGCUUUUAUUGAAUCCAAGGGAAGGCAGUGUGUGAGAUGGGCUAAUGAUGGUGAUGUUUAUUGUUGUGUACACUUGGCCUCUCGCUUGGGAGGAAACUCGCCAAACUUAGAAGCAUCUACUUCUGAUGCAAUAUUGUGCGGAGGUACCACUGUUCUUGGUACCAAAUGCAAGCAUCGUGCUCUAAAUGGGACUCCUUUCUGUAAGAAACACCGUCCUCAAAAUGAUGAAGUUAUAAUGCCAAGUACACCCAAUAGUAAGAAGAGAAAGCAUGAGGAGAGUAUACACACAUUAAAGGCUACUAGCUGCAAAGACAUUGUAUUUGGUGGUGAUUCUGCUACAGCUCUUCAGCUAGAUUCGGUGUCAUUUAAAAGUCGAGAUGGUUCCUAUGAAAAAAGUAUAAUUAAGAUGCCUGAACAGUCUAGUAGAGAAAAUAGUGGCACUGAAGUGCUCCAUUGCAUUGGUCCAGUUUCCGAGGAAGCUAAUGAUAAUUGUCUGGAAAGUCCCAAGAAGCAUUUUCUGUACUGUGAAAAGCAUCUGCCUAGCUGGCUUAAACGUGCCAGGAAUGGCAAAACUAGAAUAGUUUCCAAAGAGGUUUAUAUGGAUCUUUUAAGAGAGUGUCACUCGCGGGAGCAGAAAUUGCAUUUACACCAUGCGUGUGAGCUGUUCCACAGAUUCUUUAAAAGCAUUCUUUCUAUCAGAAACCCAGCUCCCAAGGAAAACCAAAUUCAGUGGGCCAUAACGGAAGCUUCAAAAGAUGCUAGGGUUGGGGAGCUUUUAAUGAAGUUGGUUCUUAGAGAGAAGGACAGGUUGGAAAAGCUUUGGGGCUUCACAGCUGAUAAAGAUCCUCAAAAUUGCUCUUCUGUGGAAGAUCCUGUUGCACUCCCAAUUGUAGUAGCCAAUGAUAGUGGGCAUGAUGAUAGUGAGAUUAAGUGCAAAAUUUGUUCUAAUAACUUUUGUGAUGACCAAUCACUUGGAAAACACUGGAUGGAUAGUCACAGAAAGGAGGCACAAUGGCUUUUUAGAGGCUAUGCUUGUGCAAUCUGUCUGGACUCUUUUACUAAUAAGAAAGUACUAGAAUCACAUGUGCAAGAGAGACACCAUGCUAAGUUUGUUGAACAGUGCUUGCUACUCCAGUGCAUUCCUUGUGGUAACCAUUUUGGCAAUGCUGAUGAAUUAUGGUCGCAUGUGCUCUCACUUCACACUUCUAGUUUUAAGACGCUUGGUCCUUCUCAGCAGCAUGAUGCGACAACUAUCGGUGAAGAUUUUGCACAUGAGCUUGAAGCAGCUAAACUAGUCUCCGUAGAGAAUAUAAACACUGAUAAUCAGGGUGUUUCAAGGAAGUUUAUAUGCAAAUUUUGUGGCCUGAAAUUCGAUUUGCUCCCAGAUCUUGGUCGUCAUCAUCAAGCUGCUCAUAUGGGUGCUAACCCAGUUGCUUCAAACCUUCUGAAGAGGGGCAUUAGUUUUUAUGCAUAUAAAUUUAAAACAGGGCGACUAGUCCGUCCUAGGUUCAAAAAGAGCAAGGGAGCAGCUUCAUAUAAGAUUCGGAAUCGUGCUGGUGCAACCAUGAAGAAACGCAUUCAGUUAUCCUCUUCAAUUAUUGCUGGGGAACUAAAAGACCAAAUUCACGGAGCUGAGUCCGAUAAGCUAGGUGGACUAGUAGAAUUUCAAUGCUCAAAUGUGGCAAAGAUGCUGUAUUCUGAGAUUACCCAAACAAAACCACGGCCUAGUAACUUAGAGAUUCUUUCAUUUGCUCGAUCUGCCUGCUGUAAAGCAAAGCUUCAAAAUUUGUUAGAGGAGAAUUAUGGAAUCUUGCCUGAACGUUUGUACUUGAAGGCCGCAAAACUCUGCAGUGAGCAUAACAUUGUUGUGUACUGGCAUCAAGAUGGGUUUAUAUGUCCUAGCCAAUGUAAAAGGAUUACUGUGCAGAACCCAGUGACUCCAUUAUUCCCCUUCCCAGAUGAAAGCAGGUCCAGAUUGGCACUUCCACCUGUUCCCAAGGCUACUGAAUGGGAAGUAGAUGAAUGUCACUGCAUAGUUGAUUCACGGCACUUUAAGCAAGAACCUAUACUGAGAACCAUUAUUUUGUGCGAUGACAUUAGCUUCGGACAGGAGACAGUUCCAAUUGCUUGUGUAGUGGAUGAAAAUCUUCUAGGUUCUCUUCCCAUCCUUGUAGAGGGUUCCAAUGAUCAAAGUACAAAAUAUUCUAUGCCUUGGGAGGGAUUUAGGUAUGUUAGGAAGCCGUUAGUUGAUCGAUCCCUUGCCGUCAAUGCGGAGAGUUUACAAUUAGGAUGUGCUUGUGGUGAUUCAACAUGUUCUUCUGAAACCUGUGAUCAUGUAUACCUCUUUGAUAAUGACUAUGAAGAUGCAAAAGAUAAAUACGGAAAGCCCAUGAAGGGGAGAUUUCCGUAUGAUGAUAAAGGCCGAAUCAUUUUGGAGGAGGGUUACAUGGUCUAUGAGUGCAACCAAAACUGUCAUUGCAGUAGAACCUGCCAGAAUAGAGUUUUGCAGAAUGGGGUACAGGUGAAAUUGGAAGUAUACAAAACUGAAGAAAAGGGAUGGGCAGUUAGGGCAUGUGAACAGAUCUUGCGUGGCAGAUUUGUAUGUGAGUACAUAGGAGAGGUUAUAGAUGAGCAGGAAGCUACCAUUAGGCGCAAAAGGUAUAGCGAAGAGGGCUGCAACUAUUUAUAUGAGAUCGAUGCUCACAGUAAUGACAUGAGCAGAUUGAUCGAGGAGCAGGAUUUAUAUGUGAUUGAUGCUACUACUUAUGGAAAUGUUUCACGAUAUAUUAAUCACAGCUGUUUGCCGAAUCUCACAAAUCACCAAGUUAUUGUGGAAAGCAUGGAUUGCCAGCUUGCACACAUUGGUCUGUAUGCCAGUCGAGAUAUAGCUAUUGGUGAAGAGCUGACAUACGAUUAUCGGUAUAAACAGCUGCCUGGAGAAGGAUGUCAGUGCCUCUGUGGUGCUCCCAAUUGCAAAGGUAGACUUUACUGACAUGUUGCUCAUGUUUAUCUCAUGUGAAUCCCGCCGGGGAAGGCAUUUUUUUCUUUUAAAUUUGUGGAAGCAGCUGGUCUCUGUUGGUGAUGUAUGGGAAAAUCAAUUCAAUGUUAUGUUUGUAUUACUCGAAUAUAAUACUGGGGCAUUCAAAGGUUGCCUUAUCAGUUUUUUAGCGGAAGAGAUUGUAGUGUAAUAGCACUAAUUUUAGACUUGUAUUCUGUAAUAAGUGAAUAUAUAUAUAUUUGUAGUUUACUUCAUAAUAGAAUUCCGUCA